AUGGCAGCACUCACACGCGUAAAGUCAAAGGGACUGGGCCACAUUGCGUUGGGGGACGGCGGUCGCUCAGAGACGGCCACAUCCGGUAACGUCGGCAACGAUGGACGCGUACGAGUGAGAUUUCACGAGAAUCCGCAAAAGCUUGCCCGCUGGCUUCGCGACUUUGAAGGGGCAUUCAGACCGCACUCUGGCGACUACGAUGAAGAAUUCGAACAGGCCCGGCUACGGCGACGCAGCAGCGUUAUCCUGCAGAAUUUGCAGCAGCACCCGCCGUCAAAGAGCCCGCGGCUCAACAUCGCGAUACACAUUGUCGGAUCCCGCGGCGAUGUCCAGCCUUUCAUCCCCAUUGCGCAGCUUCUCAUGAAAGAGCCCUACGGUCAUCGAGUUCGCAUCUGCACGCACCCCGUUUUCAAGGACUUUGUAGAGUCCAAUGGCGUCGAGUUCUUCAGCAUCGGUGGCGACCCGGAGGCGCUCAUGGCUUACAUGGUCAAGAACCCCGGAUUGCUUCCCAGUCGGGAGAGUGUCAAGGCUGGAGACAUCAAGCAGCGUAGGAAAGAGAUGGCUGAGAUUAUCAACGGCGCAUGGAGGAGUUGUAUAGAGGCGGGAGACGGCAUGGGCGAACGAACGACGGCUGCUACGGUGUUGAAUGCUGAUGAUCUUUUUGUCGCUGAUGCGAUCAUCGCCAACCCCCCGUCGAUGGCUCACAUUCACUGCGCCGAGAAGCUCGGUAUCCCGCUUCACAUGGUAUUCACGAUGCCAUGGUGCCCGACACAAGCCUUUCAUCACCCGCUGGCCUCAAUGAGUUAUGGUGAGGCCGACACGAGCGCCGCUAACUAUUUAUCGUUUAUCAUGAUGGAGCUCUUGACGUGGCAAGGGCUUGGCGACUUGAUCAAUAAGUUCCGCACUCAAACGCUAGGCCUCGAUCAUAUAAGUCCCUUGUGGGGAUGCCAACUUCUCCCCAGAUUACGAGUUCCAUAUACCUUCCUCUGGUCCGAGUCUCUCAUCCCCAAGCCCGCCGACUGGGACUCCCACAUCAACAUCACCAGCUUCUCAUUCCUCCCCCUCGCCGACAAGUACACGCCCCCCGCAGACCUCACCGCCUUCCUCGAGGCCGGCCCGCCGCCAAUCUACAUUGGCUUCGGCUCCAUUGUCGUCGACGACCCCAAAGCCCUCACCCAGCUCAUCUUCAAAGCCGUCGGACAGGCCGGCAUCCGCGCCAUCGUCUCUAAGGGAUGGGGCGGCGUCGGAGGCGGCGACGAUGUCCCGGAUAACAUCUAUCUCAUCGGCAACUGCCCGCACGACUGGCUCUUCAAGCGCGUCUCAGCUGUAGUGCACCAUGGCGGCGCCGGCACAUCCGCGGCAGGGAUUGCAUGCGGACGCCCUACUGUCGUGGUCCCCUUCUUUGGAGACCAGCCUUUCUGGGGCCAGAUGAUCGCCCGUGCCGGCGCUGGCCCGGCUCCCGUGCCCUUCAAGGAGAUGACGGCCGAGACACUGGCUGCGAGCAUCACUUUUGCGCUCAAGCCCGAGGUCCAAGUGGCGGUGCAGCAAAUGGCGGAGCGCAUCGCGGAAGAGGACGGCGCGGGGGACACGGCGAGGGAUAUUCAGGAACGACUGGCCCUCGACACGAUGCGAUGCGACAUUUGCCCAGAGAGGCUAGCCAACUGGCGACACAGGAAGACAGGCGCGCACCUCAGUAACUUUGCAGUCGGGUGCCUCGUCGAUAAGGGGUACAUGAAGCCCCACGAUUUCAAGCUGCUGAAGCACAAGCACUGGUACGUCGACGAGGGCGCUGAACACCCUCUCAUCGGCCUCGUAGCCGCGGUAUCGGGCUUCUUUACGAAUAUCGGCGUGGCGACAUCGGAUUACUCGCAUCGGCUAAAACAUCCGCCCCAAGCUGCCCAAAACCGGAUGCACGCGGUCGACCUCGAAGCCCAGCGCCCUACUCACGAAAAGCAGCCCGAAGAGGAGAGCAACACGACGCGCGAACCGUCGGCUGAACCAAGUGAGGGACCAGAUGUACAGCCGGGGCCGGAGGGCAAGGCGGAGGACGGGGAAGACGGCCACCUGAAGCGCGUGGCAAAGGCGCACAGCAUGACGCCGAAGCAGAUGAAUGCCAUCGCUAUGAAGAUGGCGACCAAAUCCCUCCAAUGCGCCGACCCGGCCGUCGAAAUCGCCAUGAUGGACGCCAACGACGUCGACGAGCGCGGUAGACGCAAGUCCUCCGUGGCGACCCUCGUCAAGAAGCGGAAUAGGCCGACGGAGGUUGCGCGUGCGACGGGGCGAUACGGUAUUGAGCUCGUCAAGGCAGGUCUCAAGGCGCCCGUAGCAGUGUGCUACAACGUCGCCAACGGGUUCCACAACUACCCUUCGUAUGGAUUCAUCGGGCACGAGGUGCGGCGGCGGGACCAGAUCACCGGUCUCGGGAGCGGUCUGCGUACGUCGGGCAAGGAGUUCGUUUUAGGAACGUGGGAGGCGUUUAGCGGUGUUGUCGUGAAGCCGUACGAAGGAGCUAAGAGGGAGGGUGUCAAGGGAUUCGGGAAGGGCAUUUAUCAAGCUGGUCGCGGAUUUACGUUUAAUCUCUUUGCUGCUAUUUUUGGUCUCCCUGGAUACACAUUAAAGGGCAUAGAAAAGGAAUUCUCAAAACACAGGCUUACGGCGCUCAAAGCCGAGGUACUGCUUAUUCGGUUACGACAGGGCAUCGAUGAUUUCAGGAGGUCAACGGAAGCGGAGAGGAACGAGGUAAUAGAGCGGUGGAAGACGUUCUUGUCAGGUCAACAAUGA